AUGUCAUCGCUGUAUCUUACCGAUUUGUCUCCUUCAUCCCUCUUCCCUCCGUCCUCUCUCCGUCCUCUCUCCGUCCUCUCUCCGUCCUCUCUCCGUCCUCUCUCCGUCCUCUCUCCGUCCUCUCUCCGUCCUCUCUCCGUCCUCUCUCCGUCCUCUCUCCGUCCUCCCUCCCUCCUCUCUCCGUCUUCCCUCCGUCCUCCCUUCUCCGACUUCCCUUCCAUGCCUCCUCCCUCCUCCUUCAUUCCUCCUCCCCCUCAUCUAGCCAAGGAGCUGGUGCGAUGGCGGAGAGCCAUCGGUCGCAUGCACGAGCAGAAGGCACAGACGAACUCCCUCUCCUCUUCCUUGUUGGCUCUCCCUUUCGCCCCUUCCCCCCCUCACAUCUCCAAUCCCCCAGCAUCUAGCCAAGGAGCUGCCAAGGAGCUGGUGCGAUGGCGGAGAGCCAUCAGUCACAUGCACGAGCAGAAGGCACAGACGAACUCCCUCUCCUCUUCCUUGUUGGCUCUCCCUUUCGCCCCUUCCCCCCCUCACAUCUCCAACCCCCCAGCAUCUAGCCAAGGAGCUGGUGCGAUGGCGGAGAGCCAUCGGCCGCAUGCACGAGCACAAGGCACAGAUGAACUCUCCACUCCCCCCCCCCUUCGUUACCCCCUGUGCCUGCAGCAUCUAGCCAAGGAGCUGGUGAGAUCACGCAAGGCCAUUAGCCGCAUGCACGUGACUCAUGUAAACCCCCCUCUUCUCAACCCUCUCUCCCUUCCUCUAUUCCUUCCCCUCCUCCCCCAGCAUCUAGCCAAGGAGCUGGUGCGAUCAAGGAAGGCCAUCAGCCGCAUGCACGAGCAGAAGGCCCAGAUGAACUCCAUCUCGCUUCACCUGGGGGAGAACAUUGGUGAGUGGAGAGGGACGGGGUGA